AAAUUGUGGUGUCAUAAUUUCUAAGACCAGAAUCCGUUGUCGACAACUUUUGCAAUGAAGUGGAGCAAAGAUGCGCAGAUGGUGGAGGUUCGAAUUUCGGUCCUUCCACUUCAACAGCUACAAAACUGGUCCACUUCCCGGCCACUCCGAAGGUUAAUCCUACUCUCACGCCCUCUCUCGAGACAACAUCCACAAAUUUCCCCGGCUCUGAUUGCGGGUCCAGUCCGAAUUCGCCCGAGUGAAUGUAGCUGUCCCCUUCAUCCAGUUCCUGCAGAAGCUUCCUCGCGGCCGUGGUGCCCAGGCCCACAUCUUUGACCGGCACCUGUUGCUCUAAUCUGAUGCGCGAUUUGGUGGUGCCACACACGGUGAUCACUUCAGGAGUCGCCUCGGAUCCCAAUAGAAGGACGUAGACAUUGGUCCGGUUGAAUGGGUGGAGUGGUGGAAUGCGGUGGGGAGUCUGUAUCCUGGUCGGCACUACGAGGGCUGGAAGAUGGGCGAACCGGUCCUUCGAAGUGGGCGGCUUCAUUUCUCCGUCUGCGAAAGCUGAUUCAUCGUUCAGGGACAUGACAUUCGGCUGCAAUGGGGCUUCAUCAGCCUUCGGAGCUGGUGCAGAGCUCUCUUUGCAACCAGCUGCAGAAAACGAGAGUUUGUACUCCCUGACGUGUAGCCCGAGCGUAACCUCGAGCAUCUGCUCCACUUUCACGUCGAGUUCGUCGUUACUUCCGACAAACUGCGCAUACCCACCGCCAGCUCUGGCCAGGUACUCGACCAGAUCGUGUCAUACAUCGUCGCCGAUCCCGAGAGAGAACACUCUGAAAUCAACACCAGCACAUUCUCUCCUCAUUAAGUUUAUUCUGCAGAACUUAUUCCUCGUCAGAGCGUAAUUCAAGGGACGAAAUGUCCUUCUCACAAAAUAGUCGUCUCUACUGACUGUGUGCACAUACUUCAGUGCGAUAUCGAGAUUCUUCUUGUUGUUAGGCUUGCUCUCAGGCCACAAGAAGCCGAGGGAAUGGUCGUAGGAGCAAAGGUUGAAUUUCACUCCUGCCGGAAGACUCUUCAAGAACAUUGUCAACACAUUUCGCAGAUGCGGUAUCUUAAAUCGUCUGUGAGGUAUGAGGAUAAUGUCAGGAAAGAUCCGUGGAACGUGGUACUUGGAGACCAGAGAGAGUAAGAUCGCCCUUCGGUUGUUGCCGAGUGUUGGAUGAGUUUCCACGAUGGCUUGAGGCUGCCCGAUAUCGGCACUGGACACGAUCAGGAUGAAAUCCUUGUCCAGAGCUGCAUCCUUCUGAGAGAGAGAGACAUAGAGUACCAGCCACAUUAUACUUCAAACUCACUCCAGACUAGCUUGAAUUCACUGUGUGAAUGAAACUCUGCAGAUGCUUGGCCUGUUUAGACCUCCAGUCUACCCCUAAUUGACAUGACGGAGACGACGAGAGGAUUCAUCGCGCUCCAACAAGCAAUUGCUGAUCUCUCAGAUGAAACAGGCACAGUCCCACUAAUUACCGUAACGGUGGAGAAACUCUCCGAUUCUCUCCAGCGGAAAAAAAAGUGCAUUUUGAUGUCACAGACUAAAUAAGUACUAAGAGAGUAUUUCCUUUCCUUACGAGAGAAAGUUGGGGCAUCACAAGAGCUUCGUGAUAACAGGAGAAUAUACUGACGACGGCUUUCCGC